UCAGCCAAAGUCACCUUCUGAACUUAAAGCCCCGACUGAGGACUUACAGACUCUCUCUGAAAGAUGGAUUCGGACAACGUUAAUAUUGUGUUAUGGCCAAGCAGUCCUCGGAGCCCAAGCAAACGAGAUGGUGCCUCUCCUGGACAACAUUGUCUCUGAAAUUCUUGGGCAGUAUGGCACCAUGAACAAGGACGAAGGGCUGAAGACUGCGUUCAUGAGGUCAAUUAUCAUGAUCACGAAAGCUGUUGCCUACAGCAAGAGGCAAGACAUCUAUUUACCACGUAAACAGGAAUUGGUCAUGAACAUCAUUGAAGCCAUUGAAGAGCAUCCCGCAAGAGCCCUGUCUGUCGUCAUUCUCCAUAAAGCAAUCGUCACCAUCACCUGCAUGAGCCGUAUGAAGCCUCCCUUGAACUCGGAGAUGAGGGCAAAAGUGGCAAGUAAAAGCAUCGAGAAGGUGUUUUCCUUGCCACCUUUGAAGAUGACCACACUGCAAGCAAGCAGCCCAGCCCAAUCAACUCAAACUCAGGUGAGCAGUCCAGAUGGAGCAAAGCCAUAUGAGAUCCACCUGGAAACAAGGAUGUGCCGUAUGAAGCCUCCCUUGAACUCGGAGAUGAGGGCAAAAGUGGCAAGUAAAAGCAUCGAGAAGGUGUUUUCCUUGCCACCUUUGAAGAUGACCACACUGCAAGCAAGCAGCCCAGCCCAAUCAACUCAAACUCAGGAUUUUUAUCACCAGACAGUGAACGCCUGCAACACCAUGCUCACCAGCUUGCUGUCCGAGGCUCCCAAUCUGGAUGCCCUGCAGGAUAUCUUGAUGCACACGAAUCCCUGGAUUGAAUCUUCCAAGAGUCAUGAGAAAAAGAGGGCCCUUAAGAGCACCAGGCACCUCCUGAAGUUUGUUUCAGAAAACGUAAAUUUUGACAUCACAGCUGAGUUUUUUUUGCUGGGACGGCUGGUGGCUUUGCUGGCCCUGCACAUUGGCGAUACCAGCAAAGAAGUUGGCCAGACGUCCGCAGAGGCUGCCUACUACCUCCACCACCUCCUCAUGAGCAAAAUGGCCAAAGAAAUGGACCAGAAACCCAAGAACAAGAAGGGGAAUAUCGUUCGUUGGCUGAGGGAGGACUUCUUCAUUUCGGGCCCAACAAUAUUUUAUAAUAACAUCUCCAAAAUGGCUAAGGCCUUUGGUGAACAUCUUGGCCCAUCCCAAUCAACAGAGGUGAUUUUCAAAGCCCUGGAGGUCCUGACACACCAGGACAAGAACAUGUCAUACACUGCAGGACUAAUGCUGAGUUCAUUCUUGGAGGAAUGUGGGAUGGAAAUGGAGGAGCUGCCUAUGAUCGUCAAGGAGAUGUACACGAGUCUCCCGAAUAUCUUGGACCCUGCCACGAAAGGAGAAUGUCUAAAGGCAGUGUGUCACCUGGCCGCGAAACGGGUGAACGGAGUCGUCGACAUUCUCCUUGAAUGCUCGGUGGCCUGCGAUGGAAGUGCCAGGGAGCUAUGGAAGGCGCUGGCUGAAGACCCCUAUGCCAAUAUGAAAAUCAUGAAGCCCCUCCUCAAAAGGCUUCAGGACGAAGACCCCAGCACCGAAGCCGUCGGGAGGAGAAACAGCAAGUCUCCCAUGCCCAUUGCGGCCACCAAUGCUCUCUGUUUUCUUCUAUCCCUUCCUAAUGCGGCGAACACUCUGCAACACAAGUUCCCCAACCUGCUCAUCGCCCUCGUAACCCAGCUUUAUUUUCUCCUGGGAGCAAGCAAGAGCGGGUCCAGGAGAUCCAGCAGAGUCACUGAGGUUUCAGAGCAAAUCAACCUCUUGGGCAACACAGUGCAAACGAUCAAAAACCUGAUCAUGUGUGCUGGCUAUGAAGAGGAGUUCAAUGAUUUGGAGAUGCUGGGAUGUUGGGAUAUGCUGGUGACCCCUGAUAGUUUCUUUGAAGGAAUCUUCCAUCUGAUCCGGAACUUGUUCAGCUUGUCUAAAGUGGAGCUCAAGACCUUUUUUAGACAAGCCAACACCUACCUGCGCCGCCCCGAUCUCCGGGAGAAGACUAUCGGGAUGGUUUUCUUUUCGGAGCUUCUGUAUCACCCGGAGGUUGGCAACUUCUUUAUUAUGCAAGAUAUUCUCCAUGUUCUCAUGGAAUGGAUGACUGAGCCGUAUGCCCUCAUACAAUUCUUCAGCAUCCGAGGUCUUGGAUACCUUUUGCAGCGCCCUUUCGAGAAGAAGAUGUUGGAGCCAUUCUUAACACCACUGGUCAACUGUGCAGCCCAUCAAAACAAGAGUGUUGCAAAGGAAGCGCUGAGGACCCUCAAUUUCCUCUUCCGUCAUCUCAGUAUAACCACACAUGGAGGCAGGGCUGAUGACAUUGAAUUGAAGAAUGUCUCAAUCAGAAUAUACGAUCUUCUCCUCAAAGGAGUGAAGGAUUUACCUAAUAGUGAUGUAAUAAAGGGUUUGUGA